GUGGGAUCAAGGGGAGGACCCGAGGGCGGCGGCGCGCAGAAGGAGGGGCGCUGCAGCCAAGCCACCAACCCAGCCGCGGAGAGCAGUACUCCAGAUACUCCUGGAGCUCCGGCCCUGCGGAUCGCGCGUCUCUGCCGCUCGGCAUCUUAAACUUCAGCGGCAGCUCGGUUUCAAUCCUUCGACUGCUUGCUUCAAAUCGUACAGCACCGCGAUCCGACACCCGAGUCCGUGGAGUGAAAGCACAACGCUGAGUAGGACCAGAUCAAGAAAAAAGCCUCGCGAAGCAGCAACUCUGGGUUGGGAGUGCAGAAGCCAACAAGUGAGAAGGCGCCGCGUUUCCGGGGCGCAGCGGGAAAGCUAGAGCAGGCGCCAGAGAAGACGACUAGAGCUGGAAUCUGAGCCCAAGCCUCUCUCCCGGAGGCAGCUCAGCCCCUAUCUUUUCUAGGCCCUCUGCGGCGUGCGCUGGGCUUCGUUUUAUCCGGGUACGAGCCACGUCCCCAGGGAAUAUGCAGCGCGCGUGGAUCCUGCUCACCUUGGGCUUGAUGGCCUGUGUGUCCGCAGAGACGAGAGCAGAGCUGACAUCCGAUAAGGACAUGUACCUUGACAACAGCUCCAUUGAGGAAGCUUCAGGAGUAUAUCCUAUUGAUGAUGAUGACUAUUCUUCUGCCUCUGGCUCAGGAGCUGAUGAAGAUGUAGAAAGUCCAGAUCUGACAACAUCCCGACUGAUUCCAAGGAUCUCACUCACUAGUGCUGCUCCCAAAGUGGAAACCAUGACAUUGAAGACACAAAGCAUAACACCUGCUCAGACCGAGUCACCUGAAGAAACUGACAAGGAGGAAGUUGAUAUCUCUGAGGCAGAAGAGAAGCUGGGCCCUGCUGUAAAAAGCACAGACGUGUACACCGAGAAACAUUCAGACAAUCUGUUUAAACGGACAGAAGUUCUAGCAGCUGUAAUUGCUGGUGGUGUGAUCGGUUUUCUCUUUGCCAUUUUCCUCAUCCUGCUGUUGGUAUACCGCAUGAGGAAGAAAGACGAAGGAAGCUACGACCUUGGAGAACGCAAACCAUCGAGCGCAGCUUACCAGAAAGCACCCACUAAGGAGUUUUAUGCAUAAAGCUCCCACUUAGUGUCUCUAUUUAGGAGAUCACUGAACUUUUCAAAAUAAAGCUUUGGCAUAGAAUAAUGAAGAUCUUUGUUAUCUGUUUUGUUCAUUACAGAGCCAUACUGGCCCUUUAAUGAUGAAAAUCCCAUUGUAUUUUCAUGUAUUUCUUUAGAAUGACAUAAAAGUAAAAAUUUAACAUCUGCAGUGUUCUGUGAAUAGCAGUGGCAAAAUAUUAUGUUACAAAAACCCUUGACAUUCAUGGAAUUGAUUUGAACAUCUAUGUGCAAAUACAAAAUGAUUGUGUUUGUCCUCUGGUUCAAAGAUGACUGCUGUUCCCCUUGUCAGCAGGUCUCCAGUUGACCUUACCGAGUUGGUCUGCAUUAAUUAAUUUAUCUCUUGUCCCUCUUUUCUGCCCUCCCUUCUUGUCCCCUUCCUUAAAAACAAAACCUUAUGCCUUUUGUAGCUGUCAUGGUGCAAUUUGUCUUUGAAUGAUUACAAUGAUGGUAAUUUAGUGUAUAUGUGAAUUUUUUCAAAUAUGUUAACCUUAACCUCCACUUUAUGUAAUUUUUUAAAUGUCAGACUAUCCAUUUUACACUUGCUUUAAUUUUCAUUACCUAUAGCUUCAGGCAGAUUUGCAAAGGCAAAUUAAUGUGUAAAAUUGGAUUAUUACUACGAAACUGUUUAGUCCUAGCUAUGUAAGCAGAUCUUCUUUUGGGACGAUUUGACAUAACUGACAAGCCUCAGCAAACCCAAAGAUGCUAACAGUAUUUUGAGAAAUUGCUGCAGAUUCCUUUGGCCACUGUACUUGUUAAUUUCUUGCAAUUUGAAGGUACAAGAAAGAGUUUAAAGAAAAAAAGAUCAGAUUUUUUUCUUAAAUAUGAAUUUAAGUUGUUAACAUCUUUUUAAGCCUUUGAAGUGCCUAUAAUUCUAUGUAACUUGUUGCAGACUGGUGUCAAUGAGUAUAUAUAACAAUUUAAAAAAAAGUUGGUAUUUUAUAAGCACAGAAAAUUCUAAUGCUAACUUUUGUAGUCUUAUGAAUAGACAUAAAUUGUAAUUUGGGAACAAACAAACUACUGAAUAAAUCACAUGGCCUAAUAUUGAAAAUGUCACUGUUAUAAAUUUUGUACAUUUCUUAUCAAAUGUACAUCUCCCCUUUGCUAUGACUGACUGUCUGCUCUCAGUGACUAUGUGGGUUUGAUUUCUGAGCAUCCCAUGGUGUCUGUAAGUCAAGACCAAAGAGCCCCUUAGUGAGGCUGUUUAUUACCAGAUUUACCUCUGAAUUGGUCAGAGGAAAUGUAUGUAUUAUCCUGCAUGUAUCUGGGUGCAGGGAUAGGAUGACUGCUAAGGGAUUUCAAGGUUUGCAACCUUUGUAGUGAAGCUACUGACAAUAUUGAGACAGAUGCCUUCUUUUGUAAUUUACUCUUAAAAGUAUAAAUUCCAAAGAAGCAAAGGGACCUUUCUAGAAGUAGGUAUCUGGGAUACCUAUAGAAUUGCUUACCUGUCAAAACUCCCCUGCAGAAGAACCCUGUGAGAGAAGACCACAGCCACUCCCUGCGGCAGGAGGGAAGGGGAGGGAGGCUCUGCAUGUAAAAUAACAGCCUGGCUACUUAGGAUGGAUUACUUAGAAAAAGUAAUGCCAGAGGAGGAGAUGGAGGUAUGGGGGGAGGGGUACCCCUGUUGGGUUCUCACUGAACAGAGCUUUUCCUUUUUCUGUUCUAUUUUCUAUUUUACCAUUAAUUUUUAGUUUUAAACUGUGAGCCAUGGAAGUAGAAAGAAGACAGCAAGAACCGCAACUUUUCCAGCAUAAAAUUAACUUUUGAUAAAGUUUGACUAUGUUUGAGCACCUUCCCUGAGCUUGUCACAGAACUCAUUCAAACAAAACUAAAGUAACACUUGGAACAGUGUUGUGUCUGAAUCCUUUAAUGACCUUAAUUCCUAAGUUUCUGUCCAAUUACAGCUGUAAUUCACCUUGUUUAGGAUUAAAAGGAAAUGAUGGGCCCUUCCAAAGCUGCACAAUGCCCCUCAAUCACAGAGGCUGAGAAUGUAGUGGGUAUACCUCUAAUUGUGCGAAACAGUGGAAUUCUAUUUGUAGAAUAACUUGCUUGGAAUAUCUAUGCUGGGGAAAAAAUUCCUGGCAAAUAUUUUGUCACUGCUGUAAAGCAAAUUUGUUAAAGUGCCAAAAUAAAGUCUGUCGUGCCGAAAGUAA